AUGGCGCGCUACGCCCGUGUCGCUACUUUGGCCGCGUGUCUCAUAUUUACCUGCGCGGUUGCCAAUGGACAUCGUUGGAGGCGGCAGGCUGAUGACGCGCCCAAGAAAGAGGACAACCUAGAGCUUGAGCUAUGCAAGAACAAGGACGCUGGCGAGUGGUUCCGGCUAAUAGCCGGCGACGGCGACAACUGUCGCGACGUCAUCCAGUGCACCGCCUCGGGUAUCCAAGCUAUCCGUUGUCCAGCGGGUUUAUUCUUCGAUAUCGAAAAACAAACCUGUGAUUGGAAGGAUGCAGUUAAAAAUUGCAAGGUGAAGAAUAAAGAACGCAAAGUUAAACCACUUUUGUAUACUGAGGAACCGCUGUGUCAAGACGGAUUUUUGGCUUGCGGUGAUUCCAACUGCAUUGAACGAGGAUUGUUCUGCAAUGGUGAAAAAGAUUGCGCCGAUGGAUCAGACGAAAACUCUUGUGAUAUUGACAACGAUCCCAACAGAGCUCCCCCAUGUGACCCCUCGCAGUGUGUGCUACCAGACUGCUUCUGUUCGGAAGAUGGAACAGUAAUUCCUGGAGAUCUACCUGCUAAAGAUGUACCACAAAUGAUCACCAUCACUUUCGACGAUGCUAUCAACAAUAAUAAUAUUGAGCUUUAUAAAGAAAUCUUUAACGGAAAACGUAAAAACCCCAAUGGUUGUGAUAUCAAGGCAACAUUCUUUGUUUCACACAAAUACACGAACUAUUCUGCUGUACAAGAAACGCAUAGAAAGGGACACGAAAUUGCUGUACACUCAAUCACGCACAAUGACGAUGAACGCUUCUGGAGUAAUGCUACCGUUGAUGACUGGGGCAAGGAAAUGGCUGGUAUGCGAGUCAUUAUUGAGAAGUUUGCCAAUAUUACUGACAACAGUGUGGUAGGUGUCCGUGCACCAUAUCUGCGAGUUGGUGGCAACAACCAGUUUACCAUGAUGGAAGAACAGGCAUUCUUAUAUGACAGUACUAUUACCGCGCCAUUGUCUAACCCUCCUCUAUGGCCUUACACUAUGUAUUUCCGCAUGCCACAUCGUUGCCACGGAAAUUUACAAAGCUGUCCCACUAGGAGUCACGCGGUAUGGGAGAUGGUAAUGAAUGAGCUCGAUCGCCGUGAAGACCCCAACAACGACGAAUAUCUGCCUGGAUGUGCUAUGGUCGAUUCGUGCUCUAACAUUCUUUCUGGCGACCAAUUCUACAACUUCCUCAAUCACAAUUUCGACAGACACUACGAUCAAAAUAGAGCUCCUUUAGGUCUGUACUUCCACGCGGCGUGGUUGAAAAACAAUCCUGAAUACUUGGAAGCAUUUUUGUAUUGGAUUGACGAAAUUCUUCAAAGUCACAACGACGUAUACUUUGUUACCAUGACUCAGGUUAUUCAAUGGAUCCAGAACCCUCGUACAAUAACUGAAGCCAAGAACUUCGAGCCCUGGAGGGAAAAGUGCUCAGUAGAAGGCAUUCCUGCAUGUUGGGUGCCGAUUUCCUGUAAAUUGACAUCUAAGGAGGUUCCCGGAGAAACCAUCAAUCUCCAGACGUGUGUAAGGUGUCCCGCCAACUACCCAUGGCUCAAUGACCCCAUAGGCGAUGGACGCUUUUAA